AUGUAUAUAACCACUGAGCUCCAGGAGCUUCACCAGUCUGUCUGCAAACACUCUUCCUUACAAGCACUUUUGAAGCAACAGAAGACGACCGAGAAGCGCGCUGCUGUGUCCAGCAUGAAGCCCGUCCCUUUGGUCCUGCUCAUAACUUCAGUCUUACUGACCACCCACAUCCCGCUGAGCACCUGUCGACCCCGCGACCUGAGCCUCAUGAACAGCCAGCUAGACGACUUGCUGUUAAACAGGGCAAGAGACGACGCCAUGUCCUACCUCGUGGGCGAAAAACUCCUUCAGUAUUUGCAAAGAAACCUCGGAGUGCAGAAGGCAGGCGGUGUCCUGCAUCUCCCGCACUUCCCCACGGCGCAGCUGCGCUCUCCUCACGAGGACAACAGCUUAGAGGAGCUCACAGAGUUUUCCAAACGGAACGACGAUCCUCCGAUCUCCAUCGACCUCACCUUCCACCUGCUGAGAAACAUGAUCGAAAUGGCGCGAAACGAGAAUCAAAGGGAACAGGCGGGACUGAACCGCAAAUAUCUAGAUGAGGCUGGGAAGUAGCUGAAGCUCAAUGAUGAUGCUUCCAAUCUGCGAGUAAAGAACAAGCUCAAUGCACUCUUUCACACCCCCAAACUCUCGCUAAAGCAUAUGACAUUCACCGAUGCCUCCUGCUGACCCACACUCUUAGAAAUAAAGGUUCUUCAGUGGUUCCUUGCCACUGCAGAGAACCUCCAUCUCAUUCUUGAGUUGGCUGAGGUUCUUUGGAGAUUUAAAAAAAAAAAAAAAAAAAGGUUCUUCAGAUCAGGGCAUCAGGCUGUUGGUUUCUGCAUUCCAACAUGAAGAACAACAGAAAAAAAAGUUCUAAAAGGUUCACGUGUGGCCUCAGUGUUAUGUGGAACCUUUAUUUUUAAGAGUGGCAUCUAUCUGUUCACCAGAAGAGUUUCUGGUGACCUGCUGCUGUCUCCAUCACCUCUGGAUCAUUUCAGAACCAGGAACCGCAUGCAAGAGUCACACAACAGACCUACCAGGACCUUUAGAACGCUGAUCAGUCAGGGUGGUUCACAUGUAACCAAAUUGAGAAACCAAUCAAUCUACAAUUGACUUGUGCCCUUUGAGUGUUUACAGUUAUUGGCCUCCUAUUUAGAGUUAGACUCUUUAAAAACAAAGGUUCUUAAUUGGCAUCUGUGGUUCCACGAAGAACGUUUAACAUCCAUGGAACCUUUAUAGUGGUUCUUUAGACGAUUAAAAUGUUCUUCACACUAAGAACGAAAAGGUUCUGUUUAGAACGGUUCACUGAAAGCUUUAGAAGGUUCUUCUAAGGCAUGGCUGUGAAACCCCUCUUUUGGAACCUUUGUUUUUCAAAUGUGUAUAAAUGAAAGAAAUAUUACAAAUCCUGCUAAUUAGUAUUGAGUUAUUCUCAAUGAAGUAAAAGAAGGCCAUUGUAAAGAGCAAUUUCUGUUCGGCUGGUUUGGUUGCAUCCUCGCACUUUGCCAGAGUUUUCUCAUGACGUGAAAUGCUAUACUUUGGUAGUAUUACCAAUAUUUACCACACACAUAAUGCCAGAUGCUCACUGUAUACUACGUGCAAAAGUAUGUUCUCCUGACUUGGUGGGAAACGAUGAUCUGUAGCACUUCAACCAAGAGGCUUACCCACGUUUUGUGACAAUAAUGUUGGACAAUAUUACAAAGUGCUUGAGAUAUACUGUACAUUGUAUAUUGCUUAUCAUUAUGUAAAUUACAUAUUAUAUUGCACCUAAAUGCAAACAUGACUUUGUAUUUUGAACAUGAAUCAGCAGAAAUAAAUGAGUCUACAUGCCUUUUACAA